UAGCCUAGCACAUCCUCCCCACACCGCCGCGUAAACAGAGCUGUCUCUUUAAGUUGGUAUCAAAGCCGAUUACCGCUGAUCUCGGUCGUGAUUCUGUUUUUACCGUCUGUUCACUGCAUCUGUUUUUGUUUUACGAUGCUUUCCGGAAUAAAAAAAGCCCGUACAUGUGGCUGAAGUUGUUUUAAUUUUCUGGACUUAACCGGGCUCGCCGUUGUAAAAGCUGUAAGGGACUGAUUUAGUGUUUUAACGGUCCGUUUUGGACGGGUAACGUUGUCUGCGUUAGGCUAUCUCGACCACCGCUGAGGACCAUGGGCUUAUGUGACGCGGCGUGAGAGACCGAGCUGGAAAAUGCAGAAAAGUGUGCGGUACAAUGAGGGGCACGCACUCUAUCUGUCCGUGAUCGCGCGCAAAGAGGGAGUAAAACGCGGCUACCUGAGCAAGAAGACGGCCGAGAACAGCCGCUGGAAUGAGAAGUACUUCGCUCUCUACCAGAACGUCCUGUUCUACUUCGAGAACGAGCAGAGCGCCAGACCGACGGGGAUUUAUCUGCUGGAGGGCUGUACCUGCGAGCGGGUCCCCGCGCCGAAAGUGUCCGCCGUGGGGAGAGACAGCUCCGAUAAGCAGCAGCACUAUUUCCUGGUCAUCUUCGGCCAUGAUGGACAGAAACCUCUGGAGCUGCGAGCCGAAGAGGAUGCAGACUGCAGUGAGUGGGUGGAAGCUAUUCAGCAGGCCAGCUAUUCUGAUCUCAUUAUCGAGCGAGAGGUGCUCAUGCAGAAGUACAUUCACCUGGUGCAGAUCUUGGAGACGGAGAAGGUGGCGGCCAAUCAGCUCCGCACGCAGCUGGAAGACCAGGACACAGAGAUUGAGAGGCUCAAGGCUGAGAUUAUUGUCCUAAAUAAAGCAAAGGAGAAAAUGCUACCUUAUCAGUCCAAUCAAGAAGAGGAAGACCCUGACAUAAAGAAAAUCAAAAAGGUGCAAAGUUUCAUGCGUGGCUGGCUUUGUCGGAGAAAGUGGAAGAUCAUCGUACAGGACUACAUCUGCUCCCCCCACGCUGAAAGCAUGAGAAAGAGGAAUCAAAUUGUCUUCAACAUGGUGGAAGCUGAGACUGAAUAUGUGCUCCAGCUGUCCGUUCUGGUCAACUGCUUCCUGCGGCCGCUCAGGAUGGCCGCAAGUUCCAAGAAACCUCCCAUCAGUCACGAUGAUGUCAGCAGCAUUUUCCUGAAUAGUGAGACUAUAAUGUUUCUUCAUGAGAUCUUUCACCAAGGCCUAAAAGCAAGAAUCGCCAACUGGCCAACAUUAGUUUUAGCUGAUCUCUUUGACAUCUUGCUGCCAAUGCUGAACAUCUACCAGGAGUUUGUGCGGAACCACCAGUACAGCCUGCAGGUUCUGGCUAACUGUAAGCAGAACCGGGACUUUGACAAGCUGCUGAAGCAGUAUGAGUCCAAUGCUGCUUGCGAAGGCAGAAUGCUGGAGACAUUCCUGACCUACCCCAUGUUUCAGAUCCCACGAUACAUUAUUACACUCCAUGAGUUGCUUGCCCAUACGCCUCAUGAACAUGUAGAACGCAAGAGUCUGGAAUUUGCCAAGUCGAAACUGGAGGAACUUUCCAAAAUGAUGCAUGAUGAAGUGAGCGACACUGAAAACAUCCGCAAGAAUCUCGCCAUUGAGCGCAUGAUAGUGGAGGGCUGUGACAUCCUCCUGGAUACCAGCCAGACCUUCGUACGGCAAGGCUCUCUAAUUCAGCUGCCCUCUGCGGAGAAAGGCAAACUCAGCAAGGUGCGCUUGGGUUCGCUGUCUCUGCGGAAAGAGGGUGAGCGCCAGUGUUUCCUCUUCACCAAGCACCUCCUCAUCUGCACGCGCACAUCUGGUGGCAAGUUGCAUCUACUCAAACAAGGAGGCACACUGUCUCUGAUAGAAUGCACUCUUAUUGAAGAGCUAGAUGCCAAUGAUGAGGAUUAUAAUGCUGCAGGUCAAGGCUUUAGUCAUCUGGAGUUUAAGGUGGUGGUCGAGCCAGCAGAUGGUCCCUCCUUCGCUGUGGUCCUGCUGGCUCCAUCUCGCCAGGAGAAGGCUGCCUGGACCAGUGAUAUAAGCCAGUGCAUCGACAAUAUCCGCUGCAAUGGCCUGAUGACCAGUGUGUUUGAAGAGAACUCCAAAGUCACUGUGCCUCACAUGCUCAAGUCUGACAUCCGCCUACACAAAGACGAUGUGGAUAUUUGCUUUAGCAAGACGCUCAACUCUUGCAAGGUGCCGCAGAUCCGCUACGCCAGCGUGGAACGUCUUCUGGAGAGGCUGACCGACCUGCGCUUCCUCUCCAUUGACUUCCUCAACACCUUCCUGCACACUUACCGCAUCUUCACCACUGCUGCUGUGGUCAUGGACAAGCUGGCUGAUAUCUACAAGAAGCCUUUCACCUCCAUUCCUGUCAGGAUUCAGUACCACUCAUCUGAUCGUUUGUCCAUCUCCUCCAUCUGUCCAGACUACAGUCUGAAGAUCACAAGGCUCGCCCUGGACCAGUCCAAGUCUCUUGAGCUCUUCUUUGCCACUAACCAGGGCCCCUGGGGCAGCGAGCACCUGAACAACAAGUCCCCCCGACUGUCACGCAAGUUUUCCUCACCCCCACCCCUUUCCAUCCCCUCCCGCACCUCCUCACCUGUGCACUCCCGCAAGCUCUCGCUCAGCUCCCCCGUGGGAGGGGGGAAGACCGUAGCUUUGGACCUGUCAGCUGCCUCCUCGUCCUCUGCAGCCAGCAGUCCCACUUCCACCUAUAACCCAGUAAUCUCUUCCCCUCCACCCACAUGCACAAAGGCCCCCCUAGACCUGAGCCGGGGCCCAAGCUCACCUGAGCUGGCCCCCACUACACCGGAGGAGGGGGGCGAACUGCCACGCAUCGACGCCUUCUGUGGCAAGCUAAGGAGGAGCAUUCGUCGGGCUGUCUUAGAGUCUGUGUCAUUGGACAAGUUCAUCCCAGAAACACCCACUUCUGUUGAGGCGGGAGACAUGUCCCCAUGCCGCUCGCCAUCCACUCCUCGGCACCUUCGUUACAGACAGGCAGGAGGUCAGUCCACUGAGAAUUCACGCUGCACCAUGUCCCCCGCCUCCGCCUUUGCCAUUGCCACAGCUGCAGCUGGACACAGCGGCCCGCAAGGUUUCACCAACCUGGAGAAAUCAUACGACAAGGAGUUCCUCAUUCGCAGGGCCGCCACAAAUAGGGUGCUCAAUGUUCUGCGCCACUGGGUUUCCAAGCACUCACAGGACUUUGAUAUGAAUGGUGAGCUGAAGACUGGGGUGAUUACUCUGCUGGAGGAGGUGCUGAGAGAUCCUGACCUGCUGCCUCAGGAGAGGAAAGCCACAGCCAACAUUCUAAGUGCCCUUUCUCAAGAAGAACAAGAUGACUCCCAGCUUAGAAUCGAAGAUAUUCUCCAAAUGGCCGAAUAUCCAAAAACAGAGUGUUUUGAGUCCCUCUCUGCCAUGGAGCUUGCUGAGCAGAUCACCUUGCUUGAUCACAUCGUAUUCAGAAGUAUUCCUUAUGAGGAGUUUCUUGGUCAAGGUUGGAUGAAAGUAGACAAAAAUGAGAAAACUCCAUACAUCAUGAAGACCAGCCAGCACUUCAAUGAUAUGAGUAACCUGGUAGCUUCUCAGAUCAUGACCCACACGGAUGUGAGCUCCAGGGCCAGCUCGAUUGAAAAAUGGCUGGCAGUGGCCGAUAUCUGUCGCUGCCUCAACAAUUACAAUGGGGUGCUGGAGAUUACCUCUGCUCUCAAUCGCAGUGCCAUCUACAGACUAAAAAAGACCUGGGCUAAGGUCUGCAAGCAGACAAAAGCACUUAUGGACAGACUGCAGAAGAUAGUAUCAUCUGAAGGGAGAUUUAAAAACUUGAGGGAAACCCUAAAAAAUUGCAAUCCACCAUGUGUACCCUAUCUGGGAAUGUACUUAACAGACUUGGCAUUUAUUGAGGAGGGUACCCCCAACUUCACAGAGGAAGGGCUUGUUAAUUUCUCUAAAAUGAGAAUGAUUUCUCACAUCAUAAGAGAGAUACGGCAGUUCCAGCAGGCUCCCUACAGGAUAGAACACCAACCCAAGGUGACACAGUUCCUGCUGGACAAAACCUUUGUUAUGGAUGAGGACACUCUGUACGAAUUGUCUCUAAAGAUCGAACCAAGGCUUCCUCCUGCCAACUGACAGCUGACACAUUGUAGAGCUUCUUGUCUGCGUAGAAUUGUCCCCAGUUUGCCAGACACCAGUGAACACUUAUCUAAGUGUGGGCUUUGAGUAAGGUACUAGUACAUGGCCACCAGAACCAUGUGGGCAGGUGGGCAUUUGACCCACCACUUUUCAAAGUACUGGAGCGACGACUCACAUCUUUUUGAUUGAGUUCAGGACGCAUACAUCAAAAAGAAACUAAACUACAUGGAGCGCUGACUGACACAAACAGAGAGUCAAACUCAUUAGCAGAACCAGUCAAAAUCUCCGUUUCAGCUCGGAGGUGGGACAUUUCCUAGACAGUAAAUCCUUCAUGAGUUCAUGUUCAGUGAGAGGAGCUGCAGCUCACUGAUCUGGUAAAAAACAUUUUACUGCGAAAUACAAACUAAUGCACUGGGUCAAAGUUUAUGUUACUACGCAAUGUGAAUUCAUUAAAUGUCAGUUUUAAUAUUUAUUACUGCUACUUUGCUAUACAAAGGUCGCUUUCGCACCUACCUUGUUUAACAUGGACCUAUCGAACGUUUUCUUUAAUUCAGUUUGACGUGUGAACACCCGUAUUCAGGGCCAUACCAAAGAACUGAACUUUGGACUGGUAACCCCUGCUUGAGUUCACUGCGUCUUUACAAUGGUCUAUACCAAACUAAUUCAACAUCAGAGUGUGCUAUUCUCAGUGCACAUCAGUGCUGUACUGUCCAUAUAAUUUGCCUUUUUUAACGUUUUACUCUUUACAGACUGUCAUAUAGUUCCUGCAGCAUGAACUGCUGUUAAUAAGGGCAGAUGGGCAAUAAAAUAAAAUUUAGGCAUUGCAGAACAUUUUUUUUCCUGAUUUGGUACAUUCAAAUUGGUAAACCUAAAAAGAAGCAGAUAUCAAAUAAAGUAUAUUGUUAUUCCUUUGUUUUGUUAUACACAAAGAUAUUAGGCAUUUCUAUAUUAUUUUAUCUGUUUCUAUUUUUCUAUUUUCAUGUUAGUGAUCGCGUCUCUGCAAAACUCUUGACCAAUAAAUGAACAUCCCCUGUAUGUAAUUUGAUCUACUUUAGUAGUUGCAGUGUGAAACCAACCAAACCAAAUGAAAUAGAAACUAAAAUUUUAAUGAUUAGGUUUAUAGAGACAUGUUAUUAACAAGACAUGAAAGCUAGUUUUAGUUACUCAGUCAGUGACCUGGUUGCAGUUUAUUUUUGUUUGUUUUGUUUUUGUUUUUGUUUUAUUUUGCCCCACCACCUUUUAGAGUUUGUUCUAGUUUGUACUAGUGCGACCAAGCACACACAUCGUGGCAGCAACAAGAAAACCAUGGCUGUCAUUCCAGUUUAUGGAGUGAAGACGUCAGCGCCAUAGGAACAUUUUUAUACAUUAGUACAGAGACGUCAUAAAGCCAGUAUCCCUCAGCUUUGUAAGAAGUUACUGUAAAUCCAAAUUAUAAAAUAUAGAUAGAACAUAAAGACAAAAGACAAAUAUUCUUUUUACCUGGUUGUUAUGGAUGUGUAUUGAAGUUAAAUUAUUGUUAUGUUUAAUCACAUUACUCAGGUCAUAAUGUGCCUUUAACUAAAUGCAAAAUAUCUGAUUGACCGUUUUUUUACGGAAGGACAGAUUUAGGAUACGCUUGAAAACAUGAAGUAGAAUAUAAUUAAGAAAUGCCGAAACACGACGGUGGUAUAGCAUGACUGGGCUGGACUUCAUGAAGAACGCGAUAUUGCACCGUUGUUGUUAAACCUGGCCGAGCAAGCGUUCAGUAUGGUGGAGUAUACUGAAAUAAGAGACAAUCUUUAGGGUUAAACCCUGCAAAGCACAUUUAUCCUGUAAAUACUGUUUAAAAGUUUGGAAUCACAUCGUUUUCAACCAUUUAAAAAAACAGUGGUUGUAGAUAAGAAUAAAAUUGUUCUAAUAUGCUCAUCCUGUGCAACAUUCCAGGUUCAGAGAAUUAGUAAUUAUAAUAAAAAUAAAGUAUUUUAUUUUCAAAUGUUUAGAGCACCCAAGGACACUGUAAAAAAUUUAAAAGAAAAACAAUACAAUUCUAAUCAUUUUUACAGUGUUGUCACAAUUGUAAAAUGUAGAAUCAUUAAAAUCACAGCAAAAGUACAAACAAGAGGUCAUUUCAGUAGUCCAAGCGAAAAAAGAACAAAUGCAUGUAAAAGCUUUUCAGCUGAUGAUACAGCUGAGACGGACAAUGUUUCUAAGGUAAGAAAACAUUGUUGUAGUAAUACUAUUUAUGUGUGGUUGAAGUGAGAGACAAGGAUCAAAUAAAAUCCCAAAGGUUCCAAACUACACUAGCAGCAUGUAGGGUGGUUCCAUUAAAAUACCUGUGGAAAUCACUGCUUCUAUGAGAUGUGGGAAAACCCAGAGGCAUAGCCUCUGUCGUUUUGCUAUUAAACGUACAGCCCACUUUCCAAAAAAGUUGGGACGCUGUGUAAAAUGUUAUUAAAAACACAAUGCAAUGAUGUGUAAAUCAUUUAAACCUGAUUUAUAUAUAUAUAAACCCUAUGUGGGACAUAUUUACCACUGUGCUGCAUCACGUUUUAUUUUAACAACACUUGUAACACUGUAAGUGUCUGGCAACUGCGGAGUCCAGUUGCUGAAGUUUUGAAAGUGAAAUGUUUUCUCAUUCUUAAUAUAGGAUUUAAGUUGCUCAACAGUCCAGGGCCUCCUUUGUCAUAUGUUCCGUUUCAUAAUGCACAAAAUGUUUUCAAUGGGUGAAAGGUCUGGGCUGCCAGGAGGCCAAUUUAGCUCCCGGACUCUUUUACUGCAGAGCAAUGCUGUUGUAAUACAUGCAGAAUGUGGUUUGACAUUGUCUUGCUGAAAUAAGCAGGUUUUCCCUGAAAAAGAUGCUGUCUGAAUGUCAGCAUGUUUAUCCAAAACCUGUAUGUAUAAUUCAGCGUUAAUGGUGCCUUGACUGAUGUGUAAGUCAUCCAUGUCAUGUGCACUAAUGCACCCCCAUACCAUCAUGGAUGCUAGCUUUUGAACUGCAUAUGGUAGAGUUUUAACUUGCAUUUGUAGAUUCAUUGACAAACUGUUUUCACAGACAGUGGUUUUAAGAAGUGUUCAUGAGCCCGUGCAGUGAUUUGCACCACAGAAUCGUGUUUGUUUUUAAUGCAGUGCUGUCUAAGGGCCCAAAGAUCUCAGCCAUCCAAAAUUGGUUUUUGGCACUUGCAGACAGAGAUUUUCUAUGAUAUUACGUGCCGUAGAUGAUGAAAUUCCCACGUUCUUUGCUAUUUUACUUUGAGAAACAUUAUUUUUGAAUUGUUACACUAUUUGCCCACUUAAUCUUUCAUAGAGUGAUGACCCCCUCCCCAUCUUCUGAAAGACUCCGCCUUUCUGGGAUGCUCUUUUUAUACCCAAUCAUUUUACUGACCUGUUGCCAAUUAAGGUAAUUAGUUGUGAGAUGUUACAUCAGGUGUGUUUUUUAGCAUUACACAACUUUACCUUUUGUUGCCCUUGGUUUCAGCAUUUGCUAUGUCGUCUUUGUGCUGUUUUCAAUUUUAUACAGGUUUUAAAUGAUUUACACAUCACUGCAUUCUGUUUUUAUUCACAUUUUGUGUCCCAACUUUUUUUUGAAAUGGGGUUGUAAGAAAAUUACUGUUCAUCUUUGUUUUCACCUCCUGGAGACAGUCUGAAACAGCUGGAGGUACAAGUAGGUCAGUAGGCUUUACAUGGACAUAGAUUUGGGUGUCAUCAGCAAAAGAAUGAUAUUCAUCACGCAUCAGAAUUCAUUAUAUUUCAGAAGUGGAGAUCAAAUCUCUAGGCAGAUAUCUUGACCAAAAAUAUUGUACAUAGAUAAUUACAGUAUAUUAUUAAUUAACUUUUUGUUCACAAAAUUACUGAAACAUUGAAUAAAACAUUUAAAAAUACCUUUUGACAAAUACUUUAUAAUAUUUAAAAAUGGUAUAAGAUUCUUUGGUACACAAAAUAACAAAAAAUUGUUGAUAUGGGAAGUGAUUCCAAACUUUUGAAUGGUAGUGUACAUUUGCGAUGAUAACAUAUUUACAUAUUGUUUACCUGAUUUCAGCGAUGACAAAUAAUUGAGAAUAGUUAAACGUUUUCAUGAUAGCAGGCUGAAUUUUGGGCCGUUAUACAAAAUCUCUGCUUUAAUUUAGCAUGUCUGUUUGUUUAUAAAAAUAUUUUAUAGUUUUGUGCAUGUUGUUUGAAUAGCAUGUUGUGUUUACUUUAAUUGCAGUUUGAUCCUUUAUUCAAAAAUACUAACUUACCACUGAUUAUUAUGAAAGCUCUUCCUAAUUGUGAAACAACUGUAGCAUACACACUUAUGCUGUCCACAGGCAAAGCAAAAUGUGAAUGGAUUUACUGUAUCAUCUGAAAAAAGACAGAAGAGAAACCUCUGGCAAUACUUUAGGUUUCAAAAUGAUAACAAGUAUUUAUGGAUCAUAUGUUUGACACUUUUUUUCACUGUAAAGCAUUCUCUCCUUUUUUUGUUACAAAUUGAAAUUUUGAUUCAUGCAAAUAAUUUAAUUAGUUCAGCAAAAGGUGUGCAUUAGCAUAUUUAUUAUUUAUUUACCUAAUAUUUGUUUAUUUGUUUAUUACUUGUAAAAUAUAGAGAAAGAAUUUUAGCACAUCCUGUGCAAUAUAAUUGCUUCUGUUUUUGUACAGUUCUGCAGAGUUGUAUGUGAGCCAAUGCACAGUCAGUCAAUGGAGGUGCCUAAUAGACUCCAAGUCUUCACUUUUAUACAUGUUAUUACAUUAACCUAAAUGGUUUUUUUUUGGGUUUCCAUAGGCAUCCACACAAAUGUACACGUACUCACAAUAUAGGCAUUGUAUUUGAAAUAAAAUAUCUUCUAUCAUUA